UCCUUAGGGAUAAAAGCUCAUUAUGAUGAAUCUCCAGGAUGAAGCUUGUGUGUGGAUGAGGGUGAAGGCAAAAGAGCUGUGCUUGAAGGAUUGGUUGCCGUGGUCCCUGCUGCUUCUCUCUCUCACACGUGAAACAAACACUUUCUAUGUUCCUGGGGUUGCACCAAUCAACUUCCACCAGAACGACCCUGUAGAAAUCAAGGCUGUGAAGCUCACCAGCUCUCGAACCCAGCUACCUUAUGAAUACUACUCACUGCCUUUCUGCCAGCCCAGCAAAAUAACCUACAAGGCAGAGAAUCUGGGAGAGGUGCUGAGAGGGGACCGGAUUGUCAACACCCCUUUCCAGGUUCUCAUGAACAGCGAGAAGAAGUGUGAAGUUCUGUGCAGCCAAUCCAACAAGCCUGUGACCCUGACAAAGGAACAGAGCCGGCUUGUGGCCGAGCGGAUCACAGAGGACUACUAUGUCCACCUCAUUGCUGACAACCUGCCAGUGGCCACCCGGCUGGAGCUCUACUCCAACCGCGACGGCGAUGACAAGAAGAAGGAAAAAGAUGUGCAGUUUGAACAUGGCUACCGACUCGGCUUCACAGAUGUCAACAAGAUCUACCUACAUAAUCACCUCUCAUUCAUCCUUUACUACCACCGGGAAGACAUGGAAGAGGACCAGGAGCACACAUACCGUGUCGUCCGCUUCGAGGUGAUUCCCCAGAGCAUCAGGCUGGAGGACCUCAAAGCAGAUGAGAAGAGUUCAUGCACCCUGCCCGAGGGUGCCAACUCCUCACCCCAGGAGAUCGACCCCACCAAGGAAAAUCAACUGUACUUUACCUACUCUGUACACUGGGAGGAAAGUGACAUUAAAUGGGCAUCUCGCUGGGACACUUACCUGACCAUGAGCGACGUGCAGAUCCAUUGGUUUUCUAUCAUUAACUCUGUCGUGGUGGUCUUCUUCCUGUCAGGCAUCCUGAGCAUGAUUAUCAUUCGGACCCUCCGGAAGGACAUUGCCAACUAUAACAAGGAGGACGACAUUGAAGACACCAUGGAGGAGUCUGGAUGGAAGCUGGUGCACGGUGAUGUCUUCAGACCACCACAGUACCCCAUGAUUCUCAGUUCCCUGCUGGGCUCAGGCAUUCAGCUCUUCUGUAUGAUCCUCAUUGUCAUCUUUGUGGCUAUGCUUGGGAUGCUGUCACCCUCCAGCCGGGGAGCUCUCAUGACCACGGCCUGCUUCCUCUUCAUGUUCAUGGGGGUGUUUGGUGGAUUUUCUGCUGGCCGUCUGUACCGCACUCUGAAAGGCCACCGGUGGAAAAAAGGAGCCUUCUGUACGGCAACGCUGUACCCUGGAGUGGUUUUCGGCAUCUGUUUUGUAUUGAAUUGCUUCAUCUGGGGAAAGCAUUCAUCAGGAGCGGUGCCCUUUCCCACCAUGGUGGCUCUGCUAUGCAUGUGGUUCGGGAUCUCCCUGCCCCUGGUCUACUUGGGCUACUAUUUUGGCUUCCGCAAGCAGCCAUACGACAACCCUGUGCGCACCAACCAGAUUCCCCGGCAGAUCCCCGAACAGCGGUGGUACAUGAAUCGAUUUGUGGGCAUCCUCAUGGCUGGGAUCCUGCCCUUCGGCGCCAUGUUCAUCGAGCUCUUCUUCAUCUUCAGUGCAAUCUGGGAGAACCAGUUCUAUUACCUCUUUGGCUUCCUGUUCCUCGUUUUCAUCAUCCUCGUGGUAUCCUGCUCACAGAUCAGCAUCGUCAUGGUGUACUUCCAGCUCUGUGCAGAGGAUUACCGCUGGUGGUGGAGGAACUUCCUAGUCUCCGGGGGAUCUGCAUUCUAUGUCCUCGUCUAUGCCAUCUUUUAUUUUGUCAACAAGCUGGACAUCGUCGAGUUCAUCCCCUCCCUCCUCUACUUCGGCUACACGGCACUCAUGGUCCUGUCCUUCUGGCUGCUCACGGGCACCAUCGGCUUCUAUGCAGCCUACAUGUUUGUCCGCAAGAUCUACGCCGCCGUGAAGAUAGACUGAUCGGGUGGACCAAGGCCAGGCCCACACCAUCCUCAGACAAAAGUCACCCUGCGUGGGGAACUGCAGGCACGCAAAUAAAAAACUCCUGCUCGUUUGGAAUGUAACUCCUGGCACAGUGUUCCUGGAUCUCGGGGCUGCGUGGGGGGCGGGAGGGCCUGUAGAUAAAUCUUGCAUUUUUCUUCAUCUUAUUCCAGUUCUGUGGGGGAUGAGUUUUUUGUGUGUUUUGUUUGUUUUUUGUUUUGUUUUGUUUUGUUUUGUUUUUCCAGUACUAAGAAUGUUCUAUCCAGCAGGAACACUUUGACCUGUUUAUUCAGGUUUUAU